AUGGUGGGCAGGAGAAUGGCAGAAAUGUUCAACCACAUGUGGCCCAACAGGCCAGAAGAAGCGAACUGUUCUUUGUAUCCAGACAGUGGGAUCUGAUGAGCAGGCACUGGCUGCCACAGAGUGCCAGCACCUGCUUAAACCAAAGACCCAUCUGUCGUGCAACAGAGAUGUCUUGUGCCCGUCUGACUGGACAGUGAGCAACUGGACUGAGUGUACGGUUACUUGUGGUGGUGGAAUAAGGACUCGUAAUGUCACUUGUGCCAAAAAUAAUGAUGAGCCAUGUGAUACUUCCAAAAGACCCAACUCCAAGGCCCUGUGUGGUCUCCAGCAAUGUCCUUCUGCUGGAAGAUUUCCGAUACCCCGCCUGGCACCCAGAAGAGGAAAGAUCAUAAUCAGAAAAACAAGUACUAAUCCCAAACAGAAUCCUCCUCCCAGAAUACCCAUACCAAGCCCGAGGUCCCAUACAACAACAAAAAUACCCAAGCCUGGAAGUGUAACACCCUGUUUGCCUACAUCCUCUGGUUUGGGUAAUGUCUCAGAAGAAGAAGGAACAGCCAACAAAACAUUACAAAAUAAUUUUGCUGGACCAAGUGAUGUUUACAAUUAUCACGUUGUUUCUACUGAACAUAGUUCACACCAAAAUACUACUUCAUGGCCUUUUCAUAGUAGCUUAAGUACUGAAAUUGUAAGGCAUGCUGAAAAUAUUUCUGAAAGGGAGCCAGUUUCUACUGUAGAAAGUGAGGUGCAAAGAAGUGAGGACAGUCCUGUCUCCUCUUUUACCAGUAGUCCAGAAGUAACUUCCAGCUAUGAUUACUUAACUGAAGACUCUGAUGACAUUGAUGGGUCAGUUGGAGGCAGUGAGAAACCGAUUGAUCUCCUUUAUAGCACAGAACUCAAUCCUGAAAUCAGAACCAGGAGCACAACCCUAGAUACAGACUCUUCUGUCCUUCAGAAUGAGAGUGUGACUUCUCAGCCCACCCCUGCAUCUCAUCACCAAGAACCUUCUACGUUCCUUCCUAUUAGCCAAGCAGCACAAGGACUGGCAUUUCCAACAACAGCAAACUAUAUCAGUCUGCAAGUUGAUGUGCCUGUUGUAGAAGUACCUACCCAAGAAGCAUCUGUUACAGUAAUGCCCACAGCAUUUGGUCAUUUACUGAGAGACCAGACUGACAGCAGAAGAAAAGUGAAGCUACUUGACACCAUAACCUCCAGCACACAAUCAUCAGCUCUCAAGCAUGUUCUCAGGAACCAAAGUGCAACAUCUGAGGGGGUUUUGACAAAUGUCACACAAAACAGCCAUCUAAUAACAUCCAACAAUUUGCCUGGUGAUGCCUACUGGAUAGUAGGCAACUGGAGUGAGUGCUCUACCACCUGUGGAAUGGGGGCUUUCUGGAGACAUGUGGAGUGCAGCAGCAGGAACACAUCUCACUGUCAGCACAUGAAAAAGCCUGAUUCUGCAAGAAAAUGUUAUCUCCGCCCAUGCGCUAGCUGGAAAACAGGAAAUUGGAGCAAGUGCUCUGCUAACUGCAAUGGUGGUUUCAAGACCCGAGAUGUUCUCUGCAUUGAUGUUCGUGAAAAACGACUUCUAAGGCCUUUUCAUUGCCAGUUACUCGGAUAUAAACCACAACUCAACACUAGUUGUAAUAUGGCGCCUUGCUUGCAGUGGCGUGUGGAGCCCUGGAAUGAGUGUUCGAGAACAUGUGGUGGUGGCCAGCAAAAGCGACGUAUCUACUGCCCAGAAGAAGGCUACUGUGACUGGACAAAAAGACCUAAUGCCAUUGCAUCAUGUAACAGGCAACCUUGUACGCAGUGGAUUAACCAGGCAUGGGGCCCGUGCACUGUUUCUUGUGGAGGGGGCAUUCAGCAAAGAACUGUGCAAUGCACGAAUACAGAAACUAAUGAAACUGAAGAUGACAGUAUGUGUGUGGAUAAACCCAAGCCCACAAAGUAUCAGAAAUGCAAUCUGCAAGAGUGCAGGAAAAGUACAGGACUACCCUGCAGCAAAGACCAACUGUCAGUUCACUUCUGCCAGAGGCUGAAAGGCAUUGGCAAGUGCUUGCUGCCGACCAUACAGACUCAGUGCUGCUUCACGUGUAGUCAGCCCCGAAUUCGUAACAAAGCAAGAUAUUGGGAUCAGCGAGGCCUCAGACAACAAAAUUACACUAAAUCUAGAAGAAAAUCACCUCAAAACCAAGGAAACAACAACCAAGCUGCUUGGCACUAG